UCCGUUUUCUACGUCAGUUUGAACUACACAAGUUGUGCUCUAUGCCGAGCUAUUUUUUAGAAAAGGGUACAGUCUAAUUUUUGAGAUACAGAGCUGUCAAUGCACCUUCUGUGUGGAUGUAGAAAUAGAUAUAAAGCAACAAACGAAGAAAAGAACAAAUUUUAUUGUUUUACCCAAAAGGAAAAUCGCAUUCGUUAUAAAAUGGGAGUAUAUUCUGUCAACUUCACAGAUUAAAAAGUUAACAAAUUUGGAAGUACCCCUCUCCAGUUUUUAUCAGUGAUUCGUCAGGUGAUGAAUAUGCUAUGGAUAUUGAUGCUGAAGAAUUAAAUUUUAAUGAAAAAAUUUCGUUAACCGAUAUUGGUGACCUUGCUGAAAUGUGCAACACUUUGGUUUAUAUGUCAUUACGUUUCUUCGACAUUAAAUGGGAAAAUGUCGACGAGUAUUUGAAGAGUAUUGAUUUUAUGAGCACACAAACUUCUCAUAAAUGGGCAAAAGUGUUUAGCAAAGGAGAUUAUGAAGAGUUUUCAAAUGAUUUACGUGGUGGUAAACAAACUGAUUCGUUUUAUGAUACCCUUUCCGAGACUGAAGCAGAUGCAAAAGCAUUUGUCGUUCAAGCGUGUUCACGAAAGUCAGGCGAAUUCAAGGCUUUGGAUUCGGCUUAG